AUGGGGACAAACAGAGCGAAACCACCACACAGGAAGAUGGGCAACAUGACUCUAAACUCCACUUCCAGCGUACUCAGCCAAGGAGCAAUGGGGACUACAGAAGCCAGUGGGACAAACAGAGCUGAAAACACCACUAAGGGAAGAUCAACAGCUGGCAGCGGCACUUCCACUGGAGCCCCUCCAGAAGCCGCCACAUCCGCUGGAGGCACGGGGACAAACAGACCUGAAACCACCACUAAGGGAAGAUCCACAGCUGGCAGCGGCCCUUUCACUGGAGCUCCUCCAGAAGCUGCCACAUCUGCAGGAGCCAUGGGGACAAACAGAGCAGAAACCACCACAACGGGAAGAUCGGCAGCAGCGAGCUCUAGCUCCACUUCCAGCGUACUCAGCCAAGGAGCAAUGGGGACUACAGAAGCCAGUGGGACAAACAGAGCUGAAAACCCCACUAAGGGAAGAUCAACAGCUGGCAGCGGCACUUCCACUGGAGCCCCUCCAGAAGCCGCCACAUCCGCUGGAGGAACGGGGACAAACAGACCUGAAACCACCACUAAGGGAAGAUCCACAGCUGGCAGCGGCCCUUUCACUGGAGCUCCUCCAGGAGCAAUGGGGACUACAGAAGCCAGUGGGACAAACAGAGCUGAAAACCCCACUAAGGGAAGAUCAACAGCUGGCAGCGGCACUUCCACUGGAGCCCCUCCAGAAGCCGCCACAUCCGCUGGAGGCACGGGGACAAACAGACCUGAAACCACCACUAAGGGAAGAUCCACAGCUGGCAGCGGCCCUUUCACUGGAGCUCCUCCAGAAGCUGCCACAUCUGCAGGAGCCAUGGGGACAAACAGAGCAGAAACCACCACAACGGGAAGAUCGGCAGCAGCGAGCUCUAGCUCCACUUCCAGCGUACUCAGCCAAGAAGCUGCCACAUCUGCAGGAGCCAUGGGGACAAACAGAGCAGAAACCACCACAACGGGAAGAUCGGCAGCAGCGAGCUCUAGCUCCACUUCCAGCGUACUCAGCCAAGGAGCAAUGGGGACUACAGAAGCCAGUGGGACAAACAGAGCUGAAAACCCCACUAAGGGAAGAUCAACAGCUGGCAGCGGCACUUCCACUGGAGCCCCUCCAGAAGCCGCCACAUCCGCUGGAGGAACGGGGACAAACAGACCUGAAACCACCACUAAGGGAAGAUCCACAGCUGGCAGCGGCCCUUUCACUGGAGCUCCUCCAGAAGCCGCCACAUCCACUGGAGGCACGGGGACAAACAGACCUGAAACCACCACUAAGGGAAGAUCCACAGCUGGCAGCGGCCCUUCCACUGGAGCUCCUCCAGAAACUGCCACAUCUGCAGGAGCCAUGGGGACAAAUAGCAUAGAAACCACCCCUGUGGGAAGAUUAUCACCUGGGAGCUCUAGCUCCAGUUUCAGUGUAUCCACUGAAGAAACAGCCAAGUCCACUACAGCCAGUGAAGAACAUGGAGCUGAAACUACCACAGUGGAAAGAACAGCAGCAGUGACUACCAACUCCAGUGGAGUCACUCAUGGAUGUCUAGGACCAGCCCCAGUGUGUCAUGGACCAUUAGGUGAAGAAAAAUCUCCUGGAGACACAUGGAUUAUAAAUUGCCACCAGUGUACCUGCAGUGAUGCAAGGACUGUAGAUUGUAAGGCCAGGACAUGUCCCAUUCUACCCACCUGUGCAAAUGGAGAGAAGUUGAUACAACACAAAUCCAAUGAAUCUUGCUGUGAAACUGCAUAUUGUGAGCCAAGAACAUGUUUUCACAAUCACAUGGAUUAUAAGAUUGGUGCAUCAUUUGAUGAUCCCCAUAAUCCAUGUGUGUCCUAUUUAUGUUCUCCAAAUGGCUUUGUCACUACAGUCCAAGAUUGCCCGAGACAGAGUUGGUGCUCAGAGGAAAACAGAAUAUAUGAUUCAAAAAAAUGUUGCUAUACUUGUAAAGAAGACUGCAAGCCAGUUCCUGUGAAUGUAACCGUUACAUACAAAGGCUGUAUGAAGAAGGUUGAAAUGGCAAAAUGUAGUGGAAAAUGUAAAAAGAUGACCACAUAUAACUAUGAGACAUUUCAAUUGGAAAACUCCUGUACAUGCUGCCAAGAAGAUAUGUAUGAGAAGAGAGAAAUCAUCCUUACUUGUCCUGAAAAGAAAACAUUGCCUUACACAUAUAGACAUACUAUCUCUUGCUCAUGCAAGAAUCUUUGUUCAAACUCUACAAGUACAUCUUAAUUAAAAGGUGUAAUACCUUUUUAGUUUGUAAAUAUGAAUUAGAUAUUUUCAACUAUAAAAACCUAGUCCAAAAUUGAAGACAAAAAUGUUAUUCUCUACACUAAAAAAUGUAAUGGUAUUUCAAAGUGAAGCAUUGCUUUCCUUUAUUGCUUCUCAUAAUAAAUGCUACUUUACAU